UCGUUUCUAACGCAACGACAGACGCUACGUCACGGUGAAUUAUAUAUAUCCGGUAGCCGGAUUAUUGACAGGUAAACAAACCAGGUAAAAAUAAAUUUAACAGAAGUAUAGAAAAAAUGCAAUCUAGUGUUGAUUCAUACCCAGGCCCUCCAUUCCAGUCAAUGGUUCGUGCUAGUGGUUUGGGCGAAAUUUGGACCCACGACGUUGAAGACACAAAAUUCAGGCAGUUUGGUUGGAGGUGUACAAAUAAGGAGAACUCGUAUGCAAAUGACACAUUGAUAGGAAACUGGAACGAGAAACGGUUCGACAAUGCAUAUACUAAAGAAGCCAAAUGUUUGCCAUCACAGCAUGGUCAUUACUUUGAUUCAACUUAUGAUAAAAGUUACAACUAUCAACCAUACGAAGUACCAAAGGAACUGAAGCAUUUAAAGGAGCCACAUUCGCAUUCUUUCCCAGGACACCAACCAGAAAUAGACAAUUCAAAACUGAAAGCUAUUUAUAACAGUUGGGAAACUACCUCUAGGUCUGCUUACGUAGAUCCCAGAGUAAGACUAUCCCCAACACAAACUCCACAGCAGUCUACUUCUUAAAAUGAAUGGACUAUUGGAAUAUACCGGGAGCAUUGCAAAUGUCUAAAGUUUAUAAAAAGGGUCUACUUUUUAGCAUUUUAUAUUUAGUCGUCAAUGAUAACAUAAACGUUGCUGUCUGUUUUAGUCUGAAUUAAGCAUAAUGAUAACAGUAUUAUUAAAGUUUUAUACUUGGAGGAUCAGUAUUUAUAGCAAGAUAUAAUUUAUGUAUGUUGAUGUUUUUUUCUGCUCAAAUUUAAGUACAUUUGUAAUAACUGUUUCUUAUGAAAACUUUUACCAGUAUUAAAAUAUUUCUUUACAA